AAAUGCAAGGCUUUCGCAACUACGGCAUGGAUGCGCUGCAGCAUCGCGAAUCAAGCGUAGGAUUAGCUGUCGAUCUAAUGGCACAUCAGUACAGCGCAAAGGCGUCUCCUCCAUUAUCUCCACUAAGCGAUUGCCACAGUCCACCCUCUUCCGAGCAUGGAGGCAACAGCCAGCAACCGCCCCUGGAUCCAUCUGUCCGGCGGUACCGGACCGCUUUUACUCGAGAUCAGCUGGCCCGACUCGAAAAGGAGUUUUACAAGGAAAACUACGUCUCGCGACCGCGUCGCUGUGAACUGGCCGCACAGCUUAAUCUGCCCGAGUCCACCAUCAAGGUGUGGUUCCAAAAUCGCCGCAUGAAGGACAAGCGGCAACGGAUAGCGGUUGCAUGGCCGUAUGCUGCCGUAUACUCGGAUCCGGCAUUUGCCGCCUCGAUCCUGCAGGCUGCAGCCAACUCAGUCGGCAUGCCGUACGGCUAUCCGCCGGCACCGAUGCUUACCCAGAUGCCCGUCAUUCCACCGCCGGUAGUGCCGGGUGCGAACAGUAUGCCAGCAAGUGCCCAUGCCUUUACCGCUUACGGCUACCCACGCUACACACCGUAUCCGCUCCCGCAGCGCACAACCGCUACCACUCUGCCCGGAGGCCCCGGCACCGGACCGACGGCUCCCGGAGUGUAUCAAGCGGCGAACUCCAUGCUGGUCACCGGCACAAUGCCACCAUCGCCCUAUGCACCACUCAGCAUUCCGAAGGCUCAAACACCUCCACAGGACACCACGGUCGGCAGUGCACAGCACCAUCUUCACCACCAACAAGGCCGAAGCCCUGUUGCAUCGCCACAUUCGGCACUGUCGCUAAGUCCCGUAUCCGUUUCAAAGUUUGACACUUCCGCCUCGACCUCGAACUCGAGCAACGCCAGUGUCAGCCCGGUAAAGUCACUUAACGGUUCGACGAAAGGACUUUUGCUAGCUGCCGCCGCCGCUGCAGUCGUCAACCAGUCGGUAAGCCCGCAGACAACCUUGAUUCAUGUGACGCCGGAAAAACCGAAACUGUUCAAGCCUUACAAGUCCGAAGUGUAAUCAAA